GACCUCAAGGUGCUGUAGUAUAGAAAAAGGUGCUGCACUAGUGAAUUAAAAAAAAAAAAAAAAAAAAAAUAUAUAUAUAUAUAUAUACACACACAUAUAUAGAAAGAGUAGAAAUGAGGGUCCCUGUAUUUGAGGAUGUAAAAGAUGAAACUGAAGAAGAAAAAACAGGGGAAGAAGAAAAUGAAGAAGACAAGGUGUUCUUUAAGCCUGUUAUUGAAGACCUGAGCAUGGAAUUGGCCAGAAAACGCACCGAACUCAUUAGUGAUAUCCAUUAUAAAGAAGAGUAUAAAAAGUCUAAAGACAAGUGUACAUUUGUGACUGACACGCCUAUGCUAAAACAUGUAAAACAUAUUGGCGCUUUUAUUUCUGAGGCAAAAUACAAAGGCACCAUUAAGGCGGACCUUUCCAAUUCUCUUUAUAAGCAGAUGCCAGCCACAAUUGACAGUGUCUUUGCAAGAGAAGUUACACAGCUACAGAGUGAGAUUGCUUACAAGCAGAAGCACGAUGCUGCCAAAGGAUUCUCAGAUUAUGCCCACAUGAAGGAACUGCCUGAGAUCAAACAUGCCAUGGAGGUCAAUAAGCACCAGAGUCACUUUUUUAUAGAACACCAUCUCAUCUUGAGAAAACUGCCUGGAGAAUGGGGUCCCAUCUGUCGUUGUCCCAACGCAAUUUUUUAUAGAAAAGAUGUGCAGGACACCCACAUGUAUAAUGCGGAGCUUGACAGACCAGACAUCAAGAUGGCGACACAGAUCUCCAAGAUCAUAAGCAAUGCUGAAUACAAGAAAGGGCAAGGAAUAAUGAAUAAAGAGCCCGCUGUAAUUGGAAGACCAGAUUUUGAACAUGCUGUGGAAGCUUCUAAACUUUCUAGUCAAGUUAAAUACAAAGAAAAGUUUGAUAAUGAAAUGAAGGAUAAGAAACAUCAUUACAAUCCUCUUGAAAGUGCUUCUUUUAGGCAAAGUCAACUGGCCACUGCCCUGGCGAGUAAUGUGAACUACAAGAAAGACAUUCAAAAUAUGCAUGAUCCAGUUUCAGAUCUCCCAAACUUGUUUUUAAACCAUGCUUUGAAAGCCAGCAAAAUGCUCAGCGGACGAGAGUAUAGAAAGCUUUUUGAGGAAAACAAAGGCAUGUAUCAUUUUGACACGGACGCUGUGGAACACCUGCACCAUAAAGGCAAUGCCAUGCUCCAGAGUCAGGUUAAGUACAAAGAAGAGUAUGAGAAAAAUAAGGGGAAAUCGAUGCUUGAAUUUGUUGAGACACCAUCAUAUCAAGCUUCAAAGGAGGCUCAGAAGAUGCAGAGUGAGAAAGUUUACAGAGAGGAUUUUGAGAAGGAGAUUAAAGGAAGGUCAUCGAUGGAUUUAGACAAGACUCCAGAGUUUUUACAUGUAAAGUACAUCACCAGCCUUCUGAAGGAGAAGGAAUAUAAAAAAGAUUUGGAAAAUGAAAUAAAAGGGAAAGGAAUGGAACUUAAUUCAGAAGUACUCGAUAUUCAGAGAGCAAAACGUGCAUCUGAAAUGGCUAGUGAGAAAGAAUACAAGAAAGAUCUGGAGUCAAAAAUUAAAGGGAAGGGAAUGCAAGUUGGCACUGACACCCUUGGAAUUCAGCAUGCCAAAAGAGCUUCCGAGAUAGCUAGUGAGAAAGAUUAUAAAAGAGAUCUGGAGACUGAAAUUAGAGGGAAAGGAAUGCAGGUGAGCACAGGUACCCUCGAUAUCCAGAGAGCUAAGAAAGCAUCUGAAAUGGCCAGCCAGAAAGAAUAUAAGAAAGACUUAGAAAGUGAAAUUAAAGGGAAAGGAAUGCAAGUGAGCAUGGAUAUUCCGGAUAUGCUUCGAGCCAAGAGGGCAUCUGAAAUCUAUAGCCAGAAAAAGUAUAAAGAUGAGGCAGAGAAGAUGCUUUCUAGCUAUUCUACUGUGGCAGAUACUCCUGAAAUCCAGAGAAUUAAGACAACUCAACAAAACAUUAGUGCGGUAUUUUAUAAGAAAGAAGUAGGAGCUGGCACAGCAGUAAAAGAUACUCCAGAGAUUGAACGAGUGAAGAAAAAUCAGCAGAAUAUUAGUUCAGUAAAAUACAAGGAAGAGAUGAACCAUGGAACAGCCAUUUCUGAUCCACCAGAGCUCAAGAGAGUUAAAGAAAACCAGAAGAACAUCAGCAAUCUCCGGUACAAAGAGCAAUGUUACACAGCAACUCCAGUGAGCAUGACGCCAGAGAUAGAGAGAGUGAGGAAAAACCAGGAGCAUCUGAGCACGGUAAAAUACAGAGGAGAGAUUAAACAGGCAACGGCAAUUUCUGAUCCACCAGAGCUGAAGAGGGUUAAAGAAAACCAGAAGAACCUCAGCAAUGUUUAUUAUAAAGGUCAGCUGGGAAGAGCUACGGCUUUAAGUAUAACUCCUGAAAUGGAAAGAGUAAAGAAGAAUCAAGAAAAUAUUAGUUCGGUAAAAUAUACCCAGGACCAGAGACAGAUGAAAGGUAGACCAAGUCUGAUUUUAGAUACACCUGGUCUCAGACAUGUCAAAGAAGCUCAAAAUCAUAUUUCAAUGGUGAAAUAUCAUGAAGAUUUUGAAAAGACAAAGGGAAGGGGCUUCACUCCUGUUGUGGAUGACCCUGUGACAGAGCGAGUGAGGAAAAACACCCAGGUCGUCAGCGAUGCCGCCUAUAAAGGGGUCCAUCCUCACAUCGUGGAGAUGGACAGGAGACCUGGAAUCAUCGUUGACCUCAAAGUUUGGCGCACAGAUCCUGGCUCCAUCUUCGACAUUGAUCCCCUGGAAGACAAUAUUCAGUCUAGAAGUCUACAUAUGCUCUCUGAAAAGGCGAAUCAUUAUAGGAGACAACGGUCUCGAUCUCAUUCGAGCAGUACUUUUGGUACAGGUCUGGGAGAUGACAAAUCAGAAAUAUCCGAGAUUUACCCUAGCUUUUCGUGCUCCAGUGAGGUAACAAGACCGUCUGAUGAAGGAGCACCUGUUCUUCCUGGAGCCUACCAGCAAAGCCAUUCUCAAGGGUAUGGGUACAUGCAUCAGACCAGCUUGUCAUCCAUGAGGUCAAUGCAGCAUUCACCAAAUCUAAGGACCUACCGAGCCAUGUACGAUUACAGUGCCCAGGAUGAAGAUGAAGUCUCCUUCAGGGAUGGCGACUACAUCGUCAACGUGCAGCCCAUCGACGACGGCUGGAUGUACGGCACGGUGCAGAGAACUGGGAAAACCGGGAUGCUUCCGGCGAAUUACAUUGAGUUUGUUAAUUAAUCAUUUUUCCUUGCCCUUUGAGCUUUGUUCUAAUGUACACUAAACGUAAUCUUUUUAAAAGAUAGAAGAUACUUUUAAGACAACUUUGCAGUUAUUUUACAGUAAUCUAUCCUUCCUUUGACAAUUAGACACGCAGGUACCAGGAAGAAGGAAUGACUUCUGGGCUGAAAACAGCAGCAUUUUCGGUGAUUCGUAUAAACAAAAUAAUUAGGUCUGAAGACCUGGUGCUGCUAAUUGUGUUAAUGGUUUCCUUUGAUUGGCUAUCGUGAACCCUUCUGGGGAAAUGUAUUUUUGUAGACUUUAAUAGAGACGUUGAUUGUCCCUUAAAUGUCACAAGUAUAUGAAAUUUCUUCGCUGUCACUUUGGAAUCACCAGAAGCCAGUCCUCUUAAUUCAGUAACACAGCCGAUAAUUUAAAAACCAUUUAGCUUUUGAGUCACGAGGCAAUUUCCAAUUCAAGUGAAAAUUGCCUAAAUAUAUUAAAUGUAAGCAGUGGCAGAAUGACAAUUUGGUUAAAAUUAUAUUGACUGGUGGCCUUAGGGAUCUAGAAACUUCUACUGAACAAAGAAAUUUCCUUGUUCCCUGGGCCAACUUGGGUCUAUUUAUUUCUCAUUUGUACCAAGGUGUAUCCUACUCUCCAUUUACAUUCUAUGGACCUAAGUAUAUGCUUGGCUGCGUAGAAUGUCAGGACCAAAUAACUUCACAGCUACUCUACAAAGGGCAAAUUUUAAGGUCAUCUAUAUUAUUUCCCUAAUACUAAUAGCCUUUACCCUGUUGCAUGUCAUGUAGGUUCAAGCUUCUGUAACAUAGGCAGCUGCACUGCCUGUUCCUGUUAUUAAAACAAAAAGUGUGGCCGAUAUCUAAAAGCCCUUUCCUCUAGUUGCCAGCUCAUCAGAAAAACAUAACUUGAAAAGUUGCUUGAGAUUCUCUUGCCGCAUUGCACUCUAGAUUUGAAGGAUUUACACCUUAGGAGAUAGAUGUAUACUCUAGCAAAUAAGUGAUUUAGGUGUUUAUUGAACAGCUUUCAUUAACUUAAUGCCGCUAUUGAUUUAAAAGCAAAGAAAACUUCAUAAAAGCCAGUUACAAAGUUGGAAUAUGAAGUGUGCUGGGGGAAGCCAGCUCUGCACACAGAGACAGGUGAUCUGGUUUCUUAUUUGGGAAAAUGGUAUUCAGAUUCUGGAAUGGAAAUCUAGCCACUGAAACCGCUUAAUGAAAAGACUUCCUUUCCACUUUCUGGUGUUUAUUUUGUAAAUCACAUCCAGGGGUGAGAUUGGGAUGUCACCAGAGAUUUGAGGUACAGGCCCAACAGGUUGUUCAUUAAAAAAGAGAUCGUUGUCACAUUUUCAUUUCCAAAUGAGUGACUUUGCAGGCUCUUGCUGGAUUCACAGCCGUGACCGUCAUGUCGUGAAGUUUUACCUGGAGUCCACAGUCAAGAUCACUGGAGAGACUAAGGUCCAUCAGCAACUCUGUGUUUUUCUGACCAUGCGGUUAGUGAGACUUGCAACAGGGUAGCAGUCAUGUAGGGUCUGACUCUAUAGCUGUAAUGAAACUGAAAAAGUAAAGUUACAAAAAUGUAAUCAAAUGUGUGGGCCUUGGGGCUUUCUGCCUUAAUGAUAUAUUCAAAGAAAUUAACAAAAUAUGCUGUAAAACAUCUUCUACUGAAAUGUUUAUUGGUCCAAAGGCAAAUGUUAAUUCAUUUACACCUUUGAAAAGUAAGCACAUCAUUUUGAAAAUCUGUAGUCUUAUUUUUAUCGGGCUAAAAGAGUAAUUAAAUAAGCUUUAUUACAUUGAAGCUGCAUCUACAUGACACUGAUGUAAAAUUGAAAAGAGAAAAAUUCAGGCAAA